AUGAGCGUCAUGUAUAUAUGAUGCGACAUCUAAAAAGAUAUCCCUCAAAUGAGAAGAGGUAAGGUCGAAAUUCCGCCAGAAAAUACGACAAUACGACAAACCGACAAACCAACGAACGGACGAACCAACAAAUCGACACUCGGUUCGACGGGGAACGACAAAUGCGACAACAUAACGAUACGAUCGCUCUAAUGCACCCAUCACCUGAACUCAUUGUCGUCAUCUGGUCGCUCGUCGUACUCCUCGUACUGGUAGCUCUCAUUUUGGGUAGCUUAUGGGCAUACAAACGCUGGAAGAAGAGCUGUCUGCAUCUUGACGACUUCAAGAAGCUAUCUACUGAGGUUCAAGAGCUUAGUGCAAAGACUGCUGAAGUCAGAGAAGAUGUUGACCAGGAUAACACAGCUGCAGAAUGCAUCAAGAUCACAAAUCAAGAACUUCUGAAUGCAGCAGAUGAAUGGGAUCAGGGUAAUCUCAUCGCUCUUACGGCUUGGGAAGACUUUAUCCAAGUACAGGAGACCAUCAGUGGUGAGGGUGGCUCGAAAGACUUAGAAAAACAACAAACGCAAGGGGACAGAUGA